CGGCGCUCGGAGUGCGCAGGCGCGGGGGCGCCGCGGGCCGGUGCGGGCCGGGACGAUGGCGGGGCCCAGCCUGCGGCCGCACGUGCACUGGGCACAGCGGCACCGCGAGCUCUUCCUGCGCGUGGACCUCAGCGACGUCCGGAACCCGGACAUCACCAUCACCGACAAUGUCCUGCACUUCAGAGCCCAGGGUCACGGUGCCAAAGGAGACAACAUCUAUGAAUUUGAGAUCGAAUUUCUCGAGCCAGUUGAGCCUAAACCUGUGUGCAGGAUGACCCAAAGGCAGCUGAACAUCACUGUGCAGAAGAAAGAGAGUAACUGGUGGGAGAGGCUGACCAAGCAAGAGAAGCGCCCGCUCUUCCUGGCGCCCGAUUUCGACCGCUGGUUGGACGAGUCGGAUGCUGAAAUGGAGCUGAAGGAGAAGGAAGAAGAAAAGAUUAACAAAAUGAAAAUAGAAUCCAGAGUCCCAAAAGACCCUUUCAAACACCUGAAGAAGGGAUACCUAAUCAUGUAUAAUCUUGUACAGUUUUUGGGAUUCUCUUGGAUUUUUGUGAACAUGACAGUACGACUGUUCAUCUUAGGAAAAGAUUCCUUCUAUGACACAUUUCACACUAUUUCUGAUAUGAUGUAUUUCUGUCAGACCCUGGCAUUAAUGGAGAUCAUGAAUUCACUAAUAGGACUGGUCAGAUCACCACUGAUCCCUUCUGUAGUGCAGGUAUUUGGAAGAAACUUCGUUUUGUUUGUUAUCCUUGGAAGCUUGGAGGAAAUGCAGAGCAAACCUGUGGUGUUCUUCAUAUUUUAUUUCUGGAGUAUCACUGAGCUGUUCAGGUAUCCCUAUUACAUGCUUUCCUGCAUUGGAAUUGAAUGGAAGCCACUCACCUGGCUCCGUUACACUGUCUGGAUCCCUCUCUACCCCUUAGGGGGCUUGGCAGAAGCUGUCUGUAUUGUUCAAUCCAUUCCAAUCUUCAGUGAAACAGGGAAAUUUAGCCUGGGAUUGCCAAAUCCACUGAACGUCACAAUCCAGUUUCCAUUUGUGCUUCAAAUAUAUCUUAUAGCCUUGUUUUUAGGGGUAUUUGUAAACUUCCGUCACCUCUACAAGCAAAGGAAACAGCACCUUGGACCAAAGAAGAGAAAGAUGAAAUGAAGCAGGACUGCAAUGCUUUCUUAUCUCACCUGGGGACAAGAUAAGCCUCUCAUUCUUAUGGUUUUACCCACUGUAAUGCAAAGAAUUUUGUAAAAUGAAAUGACCACACUAGAUUUCAUGAUUUCAUAGUGAAUUCAGGUAAAUCCCUUAUACUGAAUUUUGCUCCCUUUCCAUCAUCUAUGCAUGGCAUUUACCAUUGAACAUUUAAACGUGUAUCCUGUCAACCAGCAUAUUAGAAAGAAAUCCUGUUAUCUGCAUAUGAUAUGCUUAUAAUCAGUGGAGCAGCAUUAACUAGAAAUAGUGUUUAUCUUUUAAUUGGAGAUUUGCUCUUUCAAUAUUGCAUGCAGAUAGGGCUUCUGAUGUGGGAUAUGCUCUUAGCUGGCCUGUGCUGUUCCUGGGAGGCAUCUUGAUGGCAGGAGGAGGCACAGUCUGAGGCCACUGUGCAGUGUUUGGGUGUUUAUCAACCACUGGGAUAAAGUUACUCAGCAUAUACCCCCCUUUUCUUCUGCAGCAUUAUUGAUGGUGCAGAAUUAAAACUGGAAGUAGCUAAUGCUGAUUUAAAUGCUACCAACUUAGUCUGUUUCUAAGUGAGCCUUAACAGAAUAGGAGCUCUGUGUGGACCAUACCAAUGUGUAUUCCUGUAGCAACACAUCCUAUCCAGUCACUAGGGAUAGGAAGCUGCCACUCAAGGCAGAAAUGUUUUCCUGGUUGGUAGAGCAAGCAUUGAAACAUAACAAAACAAGUGAACAUAGGUACCAGCUUUCCCCUGGCACGUCAACUCCAACAGAACUCCAUCCAACCCAUACAAAGGGAGAAUGUGGAAUUCUCAUGGGAGAUGGGGCCCCUCUGAUCCAUCCUGGUGGGGCUGUGGCUCCUGUAUUUACAGCUUUCAGCAAGGGAGCAAAGUCACUUUUCUGCCUGCAUUCAGGGGUGCAGCAGGGAAGUUGGUGUGUAUGGUUUGACUAGCCCCUGGGGGCAUGGAACAGAGGGUCAAAUAAACUGUAUUAUUUAGAUAGCACAUAUCAAAUCUUACUAAGGGAGGUUCCACACAGGGUUUGAAGGACCCAUUUCUCUUUGCUUGCUUUAACCACCAUCACCACAACAAAGCAAAGGUCACCCCACAUUUCAGGUCAUCUUCUGUCUCACAUGGAAAGCUCUGGCUCAGCUGACUUUAUUUCAGCAUGUUCUUCUUCACACCAAGCCUCCUGUAGUGAAUCCCAGAUUCCUCUGGCCUCCUUAACCCAGUUUAGAAAUGUACAGAAAGUUUACCUAAACUGUAAUGUGGUUAUGAACAGGUUGUUUCCCAACUGCCACUGCCCCAGGGCACUGCAGAGCAAUGCCAGCAAUCCAGAACAGGCACUGCAGAGCAAUGCCAGCAAUCCAGAACAGACACUGAAGCUGCGAUUAGCUUCGUGCCAGGUUACUGUUUAUCUUUUUCUACUGUAAAACAAUAGAAACCCUCCAGAAAAUUCUUUUAUAUAUAUUUUAAAAUUAACGAACAGCAGAAGGUUUGUGAUAUGGACCCAGUGCUUGUUACUGUAAAUGAAAUAGUGUUAUAAGGAGACUUUAACAAAGAAGCAGUACAAGCUCCACACUGCAUUUCACAAAUUGUGUUCUGUCAACAAGAGGCAUGAUACAACUUCUCUUUGGGAGAAGCACAGCCUACUUUACUCAGGAGAGUUGAGCACUAUUUACACAAUAUUUCACUUAGCACACACUGUACCUAUGUUUGAAGUAUUUGAAAGGAUUGAAUUAGCUGAGUGAUAGAACAGCAAGGAUCACUUUCAUACUUUAAUUUCUCUGCUGGGCAUUUAAACCUCUGUUAUGAAAUCCAUAUGUAUUCAUCAGUGAAAUUGUGGUACCUAGUGCAAGCUGUCACGGAUCUCACACUACUGAAUUUUAGUCCUUCAGAAAGAAUGUGUUUCUGUUAAUAAAGAUUUACAACCAAA